AUGGAUCCCGAGGCGGGAAGGAACGGAACUGCCCGGCGCCGGGUGAGAGCAGAAGAAGGUGACUUUGAACUGAGCAGCAGCAGCGAACAAGACAGGAAAAAGAAAGUGAAUUUGAUUGGACCAUUAACACUGUUUCGAUACUCUGAUUGGCAGGAUAAAUUAUUUAUGUCCCUGGGCACAAUCAUGGCCAUUGCUCAUGGAUCAGGCCUCCCUCUAAUGAUGAUAGUAUUUGGAGACAUGACUGACAGAUUUGUUAUUGCCUCAGGAAACUUAUCCUUUCCAGUGAAUUUUUCAUUGUCAAUGUUAAAUCCAGGCAGAAUUCUGGAAGAAGAAAUGACUAGAUAUGCAUAUUAUUACUCAGGAUUAGGUGCUGGAGUUUUCAUUGCCGCCUAUAUACAAGUGUCAUUCUGGACUUUGGCAGCUAACCGACAGAUUAGGAAAAUUAGGAAAGAAUUUUUUCAUGCUAUUCUGCGACAAGAAAUAGGUUGGUUUGACACCAAUGACAUCACUGAACUCAAUACACGGCUAACAGAUGACAUCUCCAAAAUCAGUGAAGGAAUUGGUGACAAGGUUGGAAUGUUCUUUCAAGCAGUAGCCACGUUUUUUGCAGGAUUCAUAGUGGGGUUCAUCAGAGGAUGGAAGCUCACCCUUGUGAUAAUGGCCAUCAGCCCUGUCCUGGGACUGUCUGCAGCUGUCUGGGCAAAGAUACUCUCGGCAUAUAGUGACAAAGAACUAGCUGCAUAUGCGAAAGCAGGUGCUGUGGCAGAAGAGGCUCUGGGGGCCAUCCGGACCGUGAUAGCUUUUGGGGGCCAGAACAAAGAGCAGGAAAGGUAUCAGAAACAUCUAGAAAAUGCCAAAGAGAUUGGAAUUAAAAAAGCUAUUUCAGCAAACAUUUCCAUGGGCAUUGCCUUCCUAUUAAUAUAUGCAUCAUAUGCUCUGGCCUUCUGGUAUGGAUCCACUCUAAUUAUAUCAAAAGAAUAUACUCUUGGAAAUGCAAUGACUGUCUUUUUUUCAAUCCUGAUCGGAGCUUUCAACGUUGGACAGGCUGCUCCAUGUAUUGACGCUUUUGCCAAUGCAAGAGGAGCAGCAUAUGUGAUCUUUGAUAUUAUAGAUAACAAUCCUAAAAUUGACAGUUUUUCAGAGAGAGGACAUAAACCAGACAACAUCAAAGGGAAUUUGGAGUUCAGUGAUGUCCAUUUUUCUUACCCAGCUCGACCUAAUGUCAAGAUCUUGAAGGGCCUCAACCUGCAGAUUCAGAGUGGGCAGACAGUAGCCCUGGUUGGGAACAGCGGCUGUGGGAAAAGUACAACAGUUCAGCUGAUACAGAGGCUCUAUGACCCUGCUGAGGGUAUGAUUAACAUUGAUGGGCAGGAUAUUAGGACCUUUAAUGUAAGGUAUCUGAGAGAAAUAAUUGGAGUGGUGAGUCAGGAGCCGGUGCUAUUUUCUACCACAAUUGCUGAAAAUAUUCGUUAUGGCCGUGGAAAUGUAACCAUGGAUGAGAUAAAGAAAGCUGUCAAAGAAGCCAAUGCCUAUGAGUUUAUCAUGAAAUUACCACAGAAAUUUGACACCCUGGUUGGAGAAAGAGGGGCUCAGCUGAGUGGCGGACAGAAACAGAGAAUCGCCAUUGCUAGGGCUCUGGUUCGCAACCCCAAGAUCCUCCUGCUAGACGAGGCCACUUCAGCCUUGGACACUGAAAGUGAAGCUGAAGUACAGGCAGCUCUGGAUAAGGCUAGAGAAGGCAGGACCACCAUUGUGAUCGCACACCGAUUGUCUACAAUCAGAAAUGCAGAUGUCAUCGCCGGGUAUGAGGAUGGUGUCAUUGUGGAACAAGGAAGCCACAGUGAACUGAUGAAGAAGGAAGGGCUGUACUUCAAGCUUGUCAACAUGCAGACAUCAGGAAACCAGAUCCAGUCGGAAGAAUUUGAAGUUGGACUAAAUGAUGAAAAGGCUGCCACGGGUAUGGCCCCAAAUGGCUGGAAAUCUCGCCUAUAUAGGAAUUCUACUCAUAAAAGCCUUAGGAAUUCACGAAGGUAUCAGAAUGGCCAUGAUGUGGAAACCAACGAACUUGAUGAAAAUGUGCCACCAGUAUCUUUUCUGAAGGUCUUGAAACUGAAUAAAACAGAGUGGCCCUACUUUGUGGUGGGAACAGUAUGUGCCAUUGCCAACGGGGCGCUUCAGCCAGCAUUUUCAGUCAUAUUCUCAGAGAUGAUAGAGAUUUUUGGACUGAGGGAUGAUGAAGUGAAGCAGCAGAAGUGCAACAUGAUCUCAUUGCUGUUUUUAGGUCUAGGAAUUACUUCAUUUUUUACUUUCUUCCUUCAGGGCUUCACGUUUGGGAAAGCUGGCGAGAUCCUCACCACAAGGCUUCGGUCAAUGGCUUUUAAAGCAAUGCUAAGACAGGACAUCAGCUGGUUUGACGAUUAUAAAAACAGUACUGGUGCACUUUCUACAAGGCUUGCAACUGAUGCCUCCCAAGUACAAGGAGCCACUGGGACCAGGUUGGCUUUAAUUGCACAGAACACAGCCAACCUUGGAACUGGUAUUAUCAUAUCAUUUAUCUAUGGUUGGCAAUUAACCCUUUUGCUGUUAUCGGUUGUUCCUAUUAUGGCUGUAUCAGGAAUUGUUGAAAUGAAAAUGUUGGCUGGAAAUGCCAAAAGAGAUAAAAAAGAACUGGAAACUGCUGGAAAGAUUGCAACAGAGGCAAUAGAAAAUAUUAGGACAGUUGUGUCCUUGACCCAAGAAAGAAAAUUUGAAUCAAUGUAUGUUGAAAAAUUGUAUGGAGCUUACAGGAAUUCUGUGCGAAAGGCACACAUCUAUGGAAUUACUUUUAGUAUUUCACAAGCAUUUAUGUAUUUUUCCUAUGCUGGUUGUUUUCGAUUUGGUGCCUAUCUCAUUGUGAAUGGACAUAUGCUCUUCAGAGAUGUUAUUCUGGUGUUUUCAGCAAUUGUGUUUGGUGCAGUGGCUCUUGGACAUGCUAGUUCCUUUGCUCCAGACUAUGCUAAAGCCAAACUCUCUGCAGCCCACUUAUUCAUGCUGUUUGAAAGACAGCCUUUGAUUGACAGCUAUAGUGAAGAAGGUCUGCGGCCUGAUAAGUUUGAAGGAAAUGUGACAUUUAAUGAAGUCAUGUUCAACUAUCCCACCCGGCCAAACGUGCCAGUGCUUCAGGGGCUGAGCCUGCAGGUGAAGAAGGGCCAGACGCUGGCCCUGGUGGGCAGCAGCGGCUGUGGGAAGAGCACGGUGGUCCAGCUCCUCGAGCGGUUCUACGACCCCUUGGCUGGAACAGUGUUUGUGGACUUUGGUUUUCAGCUCUUAGAUGGUCAAGAAGCAAAGAAACUCAACGUCCAGUGGCUGAGAGCCCAGCUCGGAAUUGUGUCCCAGGAGCCUGUCCUGUUUGACUGCAGCAUUGCUGAGAAUAUUGCUUAUGGAGACAAUAGCCGGUUUGUAUCACAGGAUGAAAUUGUGAAUGCAGCCAAAGCAGCCAACAUAGAUCCUUUCAUCGAGACCUUACCCCAUAAAUAUGAAACAAGAGUGGGAGAUAAAGGAACUCAGCUCUCAGGAGGUCAGAAACAGAGGAUUGCUAUUGCCCGAGCCCUCAUCAGACAACCUCGAAUCCUGCUCUUGGAUGAAGCUACAUCAGCUCUGGAUACUGAAAGUGAAAAAAUUGUCCAAGAAGCCCUGGACAAAGCCAGAGAAGGCCGCACCUGCAUUGUGAUCGCUCACCGCCUGUCCACCAUCCAGAAUGCAGACUUAAUAGUGGUGUUUCAGAAUGGCAAAAUCAAGGAGCACAGCGUACAUCAACAGCUGCUGGCGCAGAAAGGCAUCUAUUUUUCCAUGGUCACUGUCCAGGCUGGCACACAGAACUUAUGAACUCUUGUUAUAGUAUGCCUUAAAAAGAAACUCAAAUCAUUCUACAGCUUUUGCAGACUUGUAAAAAAAAAAUGUUUAAGACAUCGAAAAAUAAAAGUACAUCUUACACCAGACCAAUUUAGAACAUCCAGUUUGGGGUUUGAUACUACAGCAUUUAAAAUUUCAGAGUUAAAAAUGACAUCUUUCUUGAUGAAAUAUGAAAAUAACCUAGCUCUUCCUGAGUUAUCAGAAAUAUCCAGAGAAAGAAGAGCAAAGUUCAAGUAUAUAAAGCUGUAGUACAGAAGUUACAGACAUAGGGAAAAUUCUUAUGGUCCUGAAUAGUUGUAGAUGACAGGAUAUUUUGGGAACAAUUUUCCCAAGUACAAAGGGAAAAUAAAUUGUUAAAAAGUCUAUUGUCUCCCUUGGUAGGUUUCCAAAUUAUUCUAUUGGGGGGAAUUAAGGUUUUUAAAAGUGACUAUCCCCAGCUUUAUCAUCAAAGUCCAAGAGAAAAUGAAAUUUUCCUUAUACCAGGCAACUUUGCAGGCAUACAUUCGUUCCAAAAAGCAAGAGACAUAUUUCUUUAAAAAAUGUUUAAAACACAAAAA